AUGGAAGUAUGGGAUGAGGAAGGAACUCCUCAUUUAGUUCAACUGUUAACUCACGACAUUUUGACUCGCGCAUUCAAGCCACCACAGAUACCAACAGAGGACCUCGACUUCAUGCGCAACCGUAAUAUCAAGAUAUUACGGAGAACUGAUAAAAAGGACAUCAAGCCCUUUGUUCUUUUAGGAUGCGAUUACCUAUGGAACUUCAUGGGAAGUGAUACUCAUCCAAUACCAUUGCCUUCAUGCCUACAUUUACUACCUACAAAAUUGGGAUACCUUAUUUCGGGAAAACGUCAAAAGGAGAAUCCAGCGGUAUUACAAGUUUCUCGAAACUCUGAAGAAUUCGAUGAAUGGGACUGCAAUUGGUCAAUGGAUGUCGCUCAAUUCCUCACAAUCUCCACAUCUGAGCAAGAAAUCAUCGGCGAUGAAAAAGAUCAGUGGGGAAAGUUCUGUUCUAUGGAUGCAGCUGGUACUGAAGAAUUUGCCAGCACCGAGAAAAGGCUCGUGCUAAGAUGGACAAGAUUGUUUGGGACCGAUUCAAUGAAACCAUCGAACGAAGGGUAG